GAUUUUUGUGUCUCAGAGCCAUCAGAGAGAGUGUCCGCAGGUGACGCAAGAGGUAAACGAGAGGCCCCUUCCUCAGUGUUUUCUUGCGAAUCGGCACGCGAGGUGGACGGAUAGGAUGGAGUUAAUGUACUUUGGAGUUCUUACGUUGUGUAGAAUCCAGUCCAUUGGCGUCGUUCAUAAGCAUUGGGUUCGUAUAGAACCUCAGUACUUACAGUCGUUUGGCCUCGCUCCUUUCUCAUGAUAUGAAAGCCGCUGGACCAGACUUGUUUCACACUUGAUCAAUUCUUCAGGAUACAGCCCUUGAACCUUAAUCUUCAUUCCCAAGACAUAAACUAUUAACAAGCCUUUCAAUGAUGAAACUAUUAGCAGCUGUAGAGGAGGUCAGUGAUGAAGAGACAAAGAAACUUAAUAAUACUCAAACAAUUAUAGCAAAUGAAAAUCAUAAUACGACAUCAACAAGUACAGAAGAAGUUAAAAAACCAUGUCUGAAAAAGGUAGCACACGUGAGGCCAAAAAAUCCAGCAGGUUCACCGUUCAAAGGUGAAAUUACACCUGAAGAUGAGGAAAAAAUGAGGCGGCUAUUACCUAUUGAAGAAGCUCCAGAAUAUUUAACACACAAUCCUUAUAUUUUACAUGGAUAUCGUGGAUAUUUAACUACAAAGCUGUGUCUUGAAAGUGUAUUUUGGUGGACGAAUGAAACAAUCAACAUAUGGAGUCACGUAUUUGGAUGGAUGCUUUUUCUCGGACUUACACUAUACGAUCUGUGUUUAUUGAAUAUUCAUGCUCCAUUUGGCGAUAAAGUGAUAGUAGCACUUUUGCUUAUUUGCUUUCAGGCAUGUAUGAUACUCUCAUCCGUAUAUCACACGUUCUCUUGUCGAAGUGAAAAAGAUUACUGGUGUUUUUUAUGUUAUGAUUUAUUCGGAAUUGCAUUAAGUUUACUGGCAAUCUACAUGUCUGGGGUUUAUUAUGCCUUUUGGUGCCACAAGGAGCUUCAACAAUUUUAUUUAAUUACCGUACUGCUGAUAUUUGUAAUCGCUAUGAUACUGCAGAUUCCAAGUCUUGAGGUGAAUGGUAAUAUAAAACUGAUAGUUUUUGUUGCUUGGGCAGCAUACGGUGUUUUGCCGACUCUACAUUGGGGUAUCGCCAUGGGAGGAAUGGAGAAUCCUAUGGUACAGAUGCUUAUACCAAGAGUUUUAGGAAUGUACAUCAUCAGCGGUUGUGCAUUUGCCAUAUACAUGAGUAAAAUACCUGAACGAUUUUAUCCAGGAGCUAUGGAUUAUAUCGGAUCAUCCCACCAAUGGUGGCAUGCAUUAGUGGUUCUUGCUUUGUAUUACUGGCACAAUACCGGCAUGCUUUACGUGGAAUAUCGAAUGAACCAUGGAUGUCCUACAAAUAUGAAGUUGUGAUAAGUAGAAAUGAAUGACUUUAUGGGUAAAGUUAAUUUUAUACACUAUAGUUAUUUAACUGUAUAUUCGAAAUCAUUGUUAUCAGACUUUAUAUUGAAUCUACUGCAUUUGUACAAAGUAUAUAGAUAAUAAUUAGUUAUUAAAGGGUCACACCUUGCUUUAAUAUAAAUUACUUCAAGAUUGACAGAAUAUAUAAGUUAUAGUAGUUGAAAAGUAGAUCGACCAUUUUUUGUAAGUAAUGAAAUAUUUUCAAAUACUGCUCAUUACAUAUUUUUAUUAUACUGUGUAUAUAUUGCUACCUCAAAUUUCUAAAAUUCCAUCAGAAUAUAUUUGACUGUUACCAAUAGCCAUACACUUGAUUUUUAUAUUUCAUCAAGAGCUCAUGCUCCCAUGACAUUGUUUAUAAAAGUGAAUUAUUUAUUUUUAUUAUUUUGUUAAUAAUAAUAGUAACAAUAAUUAUAUCUUUUGAAGGUAGUAUACCGAUAAGCUACAGAGUUCCAUCGAAUCGAUUGCAUCAUUAUAAGGCUUUUACUUCUGAUGUUCAGAUUGAUAUCGAAAGAUGGAGUUUUUGUUUCUUUCAUAGACUUUUUAAAUUUAUAAAAAUAAUAAUCUAUUUAAU